CAGAGAUGAAAAAAAAUCAACGCGCCUUUAAAUAGAACCAUAUUGUCAUUCUGACUGCUGUUAUCUGACUGCAACAGUGGCGACGGACCCGCUCGUCGCCUCGCCGAACAAAUACACUUUAUAUUCUUUCAUACAGUUGGCUAUAUUCUAGUAAACAUGCCUAGCAAGAGAAAGAAGAACAAGCGCCGAAUGAGAAGAGUGCAGGCCCAGAGAAGGGCCCUGGAGGAACAGUACGCCUCCUCUGGAAAGGGAACCUCAGGAGUGUGUGCUGUCUCUGCCCCAGUUCCUGCAAGGGUUCCAGUUGCUAAAACUCUAGAGAGUCCUAUUUCGGUUCCAAUUCCCCUGGCGGUGAUUGCUCCAGUUGUUCCCGCUGAAGUUCCUCCUGCAGAACUGGUUGUGUUUGAGGUCCCAGUAACGGAUGCUGUUAAAGACGAAGUGGUAAAAGCUGCAGAGGACCUAGGACAAAGCCUAGUGGAACCCCCUGCAGAAGAGCCAGCUGUUAUUGAGGAAGAUGAAAGUAUCACCAUUCCGGUAUCAGAGGCCAUAUCAUCUAUAGAUGAGCCAGUGUCCAUCCCUGCUGAAACUGAGAUCCAGUUUGAGGAGUCUACACCUGUAGCCACAGAGACGCAUGUUUUAGCUCAACUUGUCGAGACGGUUGACACCGAGCGUGAAGUUGAAGAUGAGCUUCCUGCUAAGGAUCCUGUGGUAGAGGUGCCAGUGCCAGCUAAGGAUCCUGUGGUAGAGGUGCCAGUGCCAGCUAAGGAUCCUGUGGUAGAGGUGCCAGUGCCAGCUAAGGAUCCUGUGGUAGAGGUGCCAGUGCCAGCUAAGGAUCCUGUGGUAGAGGUGCCAGUGCCAGAGGAGACGGUGACUACAGCUGAAACUGUUGCUGCAGUUGAAACUGUGACAGAAACAGUUUUAACCGAAGUUGAGCCUGUUGCCGACAUCACCGUGGAAGUCGACGGGCAUGUUGCCGGGGUCAUGGGAGAGACUGCCAUCGAAGCCGAAGCCAUAACUGUUGAAACUGAGCCUGUUGAAGUCCGGAGACUCACAGAAGUCACGGAGGAUGUACAUGUAGAGCCUGAACCAGAAGAGUUUUCUGUGGAAGCUGCAGUACCUACAGAAGCUUUAGUGGAACCAGAGCCUGAGCAGCAGCAGCACACAGUCCCAUUGGAGGAACCUACGCCUUCGGUCGAGUCCACUAGUGACUCCAUCGCUGAAGAAUUUGUUGUGAACGAGACAGUCAUAGCUGUUGCCACAACUUUUGCAGAGGAACAGAUUCCUGAAACAACAACAGAUGCCCCUGAGGUUCCAUCAGAGACACUGGCAGAAAUGAUUCCUGCUCCUGCUCCUGAGCCUCUUCCUCUGCCUGUGCCUUUAGCAAAGGAGAUUAAACAAUCUCAAGGUGAAUUUAUGGCACAAGUAGAAACGGAAACCAUAAAGGACUUGGCAGUGACUGGCAGCCUAACUGUGGAUGCCAUCAAUGGAUGUCUGGGAGCUACUGAAGUUGCAAUUGAAGGUUAAACUACCUAUGUUGACUGAAACAUCAUGAAAUAUCGCAAAGUGCCUUAAUGUGCUGAUCGUCAUCUAAAAUAUGAAAAGGUUGUGUGGCUGUUCUUCGCUGGUGGAGUUUUUCCAGGCUUCUAGUAUUCUUCAGUUUCCAUAUGUACAGUAGAUUUGCAGGUGUCAUACAUUGCAUAUAGUAAAGUAAAAUGAAGGGGUGUUGCAAAUUUCUAUGUUUUUACUUGGAUAAUUUUGUAAUGGGGAAUAAAUUCUAGUUGUAUUUGUUUCAUUUUGAUAAAGAGAUUGGGAAUGGAGUGCUUCCUCAACAGAGCACAGUUUCAUACUAUAGCCUACCAUCACCACAUCUUCUGUGCCCCCUCAACCAUUCACACGUGCCUUUCUCCAAAUGUCAAAUAAAGGGAGUUUGAAAAA